AUGGUCUUAGAUAUGGAGUCUACCGGAGAAGUUGUUAGGUCAACCACCGGAAACGGCGGCGGUAUUACGGUGGUUAGAUCCGACUCACCGUCAGAUUUCCACAUAGCUUCAAGAUCAGAGACCUCAAACCCAUCACCUACCUCCGUCGUUCCUCCUCCUCCACCACAACCGUCUUCUCAUCAAACGAACCAACACGCCGGAGUAGCUCCGCUGUCGCCGGCGACGAUGGAAGGUAUCUCCGGCGGACAGAUGAAGAAGAAACGUGGAAGACCGAGGAAGUACGGACCGGACGGAGCAGUUGUGACGUUAUCUCCUAAACCGAUCUCAUCGGCGCCGGCGCCGGCUACUCACGUCAUCGAUUUCUCCGCCUCUGAAAAACGCGGCAAAGUGAAACCAACAAACUCUUUUAACAGAACAAAGUUUCAGCAUCAUCAAGUCGAGAAUUUGGGUGAAUGGGUUCCUCGCUCCGUCGGUGGUAAUUUCACACCGCAUGUAAUCACGGUCAACGCCGGAGAGGAUGUAACAAAUAAGAUAAUCUCGUUUUCGCAACAAGGACCUCGUGCGAUUUGUGUUUUAUCAGCAAACGGUGUUAUUUCAAGCGUUACACUUCGACAGCCCGAUUCCUCUGGUGGAACAUUGACAUAUGAGGGUCGGUUUGAGAUCUUAUCAUUGUCCGGGUCAUUCAUGCCUAACGACAUAGGCGGAACUCGGAGUAGAACCGGAGGAAUGAGUGUAUCAUUAGCAAGUCCCGAUGGACGUGUAGUAGGUGGUGGCGUUGCCGGUUUACUGGUAGCUGCGAGUCCGGUUCAGGUGGUUGUAGGGAGUUUCUUAGCCGGGACGGAUCAGCAAGAACAAAAACCGAAAAAGAACAAACACGAUUUUAUGUUGUCGAGUCCAACCGCCGCGAUUCCUAUCUCUAGCGCAGCUGAUCACCGAACAAUUCAUUCGGCGUCGUCUCUUCCGAUCAACAACAAUACAUGGCAGACUUCUUUAGCUUCUGAUUCAAGAAACAAGCCGUCCGACCUUAACGUCAAUUUAACUUGA